GUUGAUGAAGUGCGGUUGGGUUGCGCGAGGGGGAACUGUUGUGAACCGCAAACUAGCAGUUCUUCGACCCGACCUGCGAAACCUCAGGGUCACCACCUAGAAGAGCGUGCUCAGCAAACGAAACGGCACAUCUGUGAACGGAAAAUCGUGCCGCGAUCGUCCAGCGGAGCCAGUUUACUCCGGAAUCUCGCUGACCUCGGGGACGCAAGCGUCGAGCCGCACGAGGUGAAACCCUGCCGCGGCGGUGGCGGACUUUCCAGCGUGCCUGCUUGGCUGGAUAUGAAGCAUGCGGACCCAAUGGAGGGACACGGCGUGCGAGACGACGACAAGAACUGGGACGUGUGUGACAGGUUGGGUAGCGCCAUGGAACUCCGUGUCAGCGUCCGGUCCCUGGUCCAGCAGCUGGUCCAUGAGCAGGCCAAGGCCAGCGUCCACCUGGAGGGUUUGCAGCGUGACGUCACAACGCUGCUGGACUUCCGCGAGAGUGUGAUGGACGACAGCCCCGCUCACCGGUCAACCCCUUGCCCCUCCCCCCGCCCAAACCUUCCCCACUGCUCCCCGGCUGUUCCUGUCCCUGUCUCGUCGCCUGCCCCGCGGCAGGCUGACCCCGUGACCUCGUCUGACCCGGGCGACACCGCGAGCAGCGGCACAAGCGGCCUGGGCACAAGCACCGGCGCCAGUGGCGUCACCUUGGAAACGGCAGGCAGCGGUGGCGCCGCCUGGCGGCCAGGUGUAAAUCCCCGGCCGGACAUCACCGGUUCAAGCCGGAUCGGGUCGACCGGACGGCCGGCGGGGCCGAGUCACGAAGACGACGAGCUGCUGCAGCUGCUGGAGACGAUCGAGACGCACGGGAGGCGCCUGCGCCGGCAGAACCGGCGCCUGGCGGCCGCCAGCGACGACGCCCGACUGUCCGACGCUGCCCGACUGCCCGACGCCGGGCAGCGCGAGCAGCGGACCGGAGCCGUGGCGGGAACGGGUGCGAGGCCGCGCUGCCGACAUUGCGACCCCAGCGUCAGGCACGGCCGCGCCCACCCCUUCCCGGCCUCCGACCCAAACGUGGAGCCCGGACUCACGCCGCGUCUGGAUCCGGGUCAGAAUCCGACUCCAGAUCCGGGUCGGAGGGUGACGCGGCGCGUGUUUGACGCUCGAAAUCCGGAUGUUCAUCUGGCGCCCGCGCUGGACGGGUCGGCUGGUCUGCCGGAUCCGCCGCCGCCGCCGCUGCUGCCCGGCCAGUCAGCCUUCCUGGCCGCCUGGCCACCCAACUGGGAUAGGCUGCAUCUCCACGAGGGCGCUGCCGCUGCUGCCCCGCUCAGCCUGCCGACCAUGGGCCGGCGUCAGGAGCGGCUGUCGGCGCUCACGCUCUCGGAGCGACUCCUGCAGGAGCGGGACCGACUGCUGGAGCAGCUGGCCGGCCUGGAACAGGUGGCAGUGCGGUCGCAGCUCCACGCCGCCAGCCUGCAGACCCGACUGUACCGCGUGCUGGGGAUCAAUGACGCACUGGAUCACGAACUACGGCUCGCCUACGGACACGAUGUGACUUGCGCGGCUGCUGACCCCAGGUCACGGGGUCGCCUGACAUCUCCUGCCGCGGGCAGAAUGGCCAGGUCAACCCCUGACCUUCGACCGCCGUCCCGAAUCCCGCAGCCGCUCUCGCUGAGGCGGCACGCGGUGCGGACGCCGGCCAGGUCACGCCCGGAGGUCAAGGGGUCAAGGUCGUCGGCCGCGACGGUGACCAGGGAGGCACGGACGGGGGACCACGGGUCUGAGCCCGACGCGGCAGUGGCGGAUACACCACGCGUAGGGGAUCAAGACGCAGCCGCGGGGCAGUCUUUCAUGCGUGCAGGAGCUGCAGUAUCAACCACCGGAACAUCCACCACGUCCGUAGGGGUUUCUACCGCGUCGCUGGAUCCCCCGACGGCGGCGUCAAAGACCGACGCGCAGUGCCAAGCGACACAAGAUGGCAGCGCCGACCCAGUAAGCGCGGCAAGGCCGCCGGCUUCGUGGUCAGCUGCUGCAGCCGCGCGGCCGCCGGCCCGGCAGCGCGUGGUGGCCGUGCUGCGCGAGACGAGCCCUCUGAAGCUGCAGAAGGAGCUGCUGACGCUGCUGGUGGAGGCGGAGGCGCUGCGUGCCGAGGUGGACUCGCUGGGUCGCCGCUGGACGGCGCGCACGUCUGCUGCAGGAAGUCAGGCGGAGCAGUCGAUCUCUCAGGCGGACAACGACGAGCUCAGGCUGCAGUUGGAAGUACGCAACAUUGAGCUGGAGGGUACGCGAGCUCGGCUGCGCCAACUGGAGGCCGCUUGCGCUACCAAAUGUGAGCCGAGUAGCUGCCAGAUCAGGGGGUAUUUCGUCACUUCAAGAAGGCAUGGUCCAGUCCUGGCCUAACCCAAGUUCCGCCAUCUCCAACGUCAUACCACACCCCGUCGGCGACGUCUUACACCACAGCCCUGCUAGAUCUGGCAACCGACCAGAACGGCCGGUCAGAGCCGUCAACCAGUCGGACAGUCUUAGGAGAUCUGGAGCGCGCCUCAAUGAAUUAUCAAAAUCGGGUAGCCAGCUGGACGCGCAUGCGGAAGCUCCUCGUCGCCAGUCAACCCGUGCUAGUAGAUCUGGCAACUUACCAGAAACUGGGAUGUAUUUGGACGUAACGCCAGGCGCGCCUCGCAAGUCGGACCAGCCCGCGUCGUCCGCACAUUCCGCCAAAACGUCCGCCGCGAACGCGCCCGGCGCGUCGGGCUCGCCGUCCAAACCCGGCAGGCGCCCCAACACGCCCACGCGGUCCAGCCGGACUUCCAGCGGCGCCAGCAGGCCGGGGAGCCGGGCGGAAACGCCUCUGGGCCGCCCUCACAGCCGGUCCAAGACACCAACGCGGCCCAGCAGCAGGACGGCCCUCUCCUCGACGCCUGGCAACUCGCUGCGCACGCUGAAUGGGUCUGGCAAUCAACCAAAGGCUCCCAACGCGCCUGCCAGCUCGCCAAAGCCAGGCAGCGGGUCUGGUAACGUCCCGAAGGCGGCCAACGGACCUGGCAACUCGUCUAAAACGAACAGCACAUCUGGCAACUCAAGGCCCACUGCCGCGCCGGGAAGACGCGUGGCAGAUGUCGUCAGAGGCUGGCCAGACGCGGUGUCAAAUGAUGUCAGAUCGCGGCCGGCCACGGUCAACGCCGGCCGGGAAGCGGACAGGACCUCCGCCGGAGAGAUUUCCGACCACAAGGAGAAGACGCGUCGCCGCAUGCCUCUGGCUUCGGACACGUCCGCCAAGAUUCCGGCCACCCAAAGCCAGGCGCUGGGGCAGAUUCUGGCGGCGCUCAGUCGCGGCCGCAGUCCGCGCGCGCCCGUGCGUCGCACCGACGCCGCGCCGGAAGCACGACCGGAAGUACGGCCGGAAGUACGUGACUUCCGGUGUCCGGCGGAUGUGCGGUGGUUGCGCGAGGCUACGGCGCAGCGGCUGCGGCAGGCGCGUCUCGAGACGUCAGACGGCGAGGUUGCCGACUCGCUGACCUCGGCCACCGCUUCGGAAGACGGCGGGGACGUUAGCCUGGAAGAACGGCUGAAGAUGCUGGAUGAGGGGUUGACGAGAGGCGGCGACGCAUUCCGCUUCGGCGGCGCGCAAGACGGCGUCGUGCUGUCAGCCGGCGAGGGACUCAUUCAGCGAAUUCUGACCGGGCGCGGCGCGGCCGGACAGCGCGGCAAGCCCCGCCCCCCGACGGAAUAGUGACCAAUUAGCGACCGACCUUGUCGGCGUGGACCAAUCGCCGCCACUGGUAUCUUGUCCAGCCAGUAAGGCGUGCGCUCUAGACCAGUCACGGUGUUGAUCUGAGCUGUGGUAGCCAAUCCAGUCGCUCUACGGGCGUAUCGUCCGCAGUUGUCCGAGUUUCGGGAUCGAUUGAGUCGGCACGUGCGGAUGGUUGUUGAACCGAUUCCAGAGAUACUUGCCAUGCAUUUUUAACUUGGUGUUAAUGCUGCUGGCUGAGUGCAAUCGUAUCGCCGUUGGGAAGUGGCUAUUUUGAUGCUGAUUUAUCUUGUUUGUAGUCUGCUAAAAGUCGCCCAGAAACGCGAUAAUUUGUUGUAUGUUUGCUGAUAUUUUAAAACCAUGUGCUAUUGCCGCGUUUUUCGUGAGCUGGUAGUUGCACGUGCCUUCUUUGUCACAUGAUACUCCAUUUCUGAGGUCUAAUGGAAUGCGCUUGCCGUGAAAUCUGCGCCAAAGUACUAUGCAUUCGCCCGAAUAUUCCGACAGGUCUGUGGUGAUUAAGAGUACGCUUGCAUUUCCGUCAAUGUGGGGCAUGUAAAAGAUAACCGUGGUCGUCACAAGUCAUACUGGAUGUGAUCUGGAGUUAUUGCUGACAGACGAUGAUUUAUUUUUACCAGAUAUGAAGUUACCGGAGUUUCAGGUAGUCGGGGACAAUCUCCUGAUGUGCUGUUAUUGCAGCACAUACAUGAUUCUUGCGCCUUUAGUUUUGUGGUCAAUUUAGGAUCAACAUACCAAGAUUUUGAGCCUAUCACUUUACAUUGUUAAAAGCAAAGGGACAUGGCGAGGAUGCUUGAAAAACGGUAGCAUUUACGAUAAGAAGGCAGCUCCUUCGCCCGUCAAUGCAGAAAAAGGGAGGGCCGACUGAGCGGCUCUCGUAUUUCGUUGGGCUGUUGUUUGGUACAGUGGUCUGUUGCUGAUCGGACAGCCGGGUUCACGCAAGUCCUGAAUGACAUCGGGCUAGUCAGCGUGCCAGAUGAGCAGAGGUCAGUUGUCACGACCAGAAGUCAUAUGUCACGACCAGAUGCCAUGUGUCCGAGGUCAUUGCCAGUCUGUGAUACGGCUGGAAGAAAUGGUUCCUGUUCCGGGUGCUUUGUGCGUUUGCGACUGCGUAUAUGUAUGACGGUGCCUUCCAAAUACAUUCCAACUGUUU